AUGUCGGAAGAGAGGAGUGAGCCCAGCCUGAUCUGCCCCCCGCCACGCAGCCGGAGUUACCUCCCUCCUGAGGACCUGCAGAGCUGCCUCGAGUCCCACGUCAGGGAGGUCUUCGGGCCCUCUCUUCCUGAGGACUGGCAGCAGACUCCCCUGCAGGAGAACAGGCUGAAACAUCGCCUGCUGGUCCGGCUGGCGGCAGAGCUGGGACACGCUGUCCCCAACUCCCAGCUGCACCGGAUGCGCCGCGCCGGGGACGUGCUGGCUUUCUAUCGGACCCCCGUGAAAGACGAGACCAAGAUCGAUGAACUUGCAGCUGCAGAACUGCCCCCGAACCUGAAAAUCAUCUGGCAGAAGUGAGUCCCCCCACGGAGCAUCCCCAUGGUGACUGGCUUGUGCUGCAGGGCAGCAGCACAGUCCUCUCGUUGGUGUGAAAUCUGUGAAUUUCAGUAAUAAAGGUUCACUGA